UGUUCUCUCGCGGAAUAAAAAAAUAUUGAAAAAUGGCCGUAGAGUGUUGACUUCAUGUUGAAGUGGUGUGCUUUUUCUUUCGAAAACUUUUAUAAAUAGCCAUAAAACUUUUUAAUUGUGUUUUCUAUCCAAGUACAGUUUUGCGUAGGCCGUUAUUAUUCAGUUUUACAAAAUGUCUGGAGGCCCGACCAGUCCUAGUGUUCUGAGCCAUUUGAGACAAUAUAGGUUCCAGAGAAAGCCGAAUUCGCUGGCCCCUGGAUCCAGUGGAACCAGUACGAAUGGUGCGACAACAUCUAGUAACCAGCUACCCAUAAGAGUGACGUCAUCUGGCACCAUCAACCAGGGAGCCAUUGUGUACAAGCGCAUCAGAGUGCCCGACUCCGACUCGGAUGACACCAGCUCUCCUGCUAAGAAGCCGGGCACUGCGGUGGUUGAGCUGACCACCGCGGUCAAGGAGAGGAGGUUCCGGAAUAUGUCCGAAAUGUUUCCUGACAUCUCUCCAAUGUUCAUAAAGAAUACACUAGUGAAGCACGGCUGGAACGAAGAAAGGACAAGAGAUGAACUGCUCAACUAUGAUCCGGAGACCAACGACAGAAACCCAUCUUCAUUCUUCGGCUCCAGACCUAGUAAUUCUGGAGCUAAUUCACAAACAUUCCGAGUUAUUAGACCACAGGGGAAUGCUAUAAGGAGACCGGCCGUGGCUUCCAAGGGUGGAAGAGCCAGGCGAGGCAGCAGUGGCUCUGAAGAUGAUGACUAUGGAGUCAGAAAAGGAAAGGAUGAUAGGGUUUAUGACAGUUCGGAUUCAGACAACGAGAUCACAGACGACCUGAUCGGGGACAAGAAGAAGGUGUAUGAGUUCCUGAACAAGGCCAACUUCAAGGAGCUCUCGUUGCUGAGCGGGUGCUCGCAGAAGAAGGCCGAGGCCAUCAUUGCGGCCAGGCCGUUCCAGGGCUGGCUGGACAUGGUGCAAAAGUUCAACGAGUCCAAACUCCUGAGCUCCGAGCUGCUCAACUCUACCCAGGAGUUGCUGAGCACCCGCAACAACAUCCAGCGCCUCAUGAAGAAGUGCGUGGGGCUCGCGCAGCAGUUGGAAGCGGCCGUGGCAGUCGGCGCCGGGUUGCUGAAGCAGCCUGAUAUAUUGGACCCCAGCCUCAAACUAGCCUCCUACCAGAUAAUCGGGCUCAACUGGCUGGCGGUGCUGCACAAGCAGGGCGUGUCCGGCAUCCUGGCCGACGAGAUGGGGCUCGGGAAGACGGUGCAGGUGAUCGCGUUCCUGGCGCACCUCAAGCAGACGGGCCAGGCGCGCGCGCCGCAUCUCGUCGUGGUGCCCGCCUCCACACUCAACAACUGGGACGUCGAGUUCGCGCGCUGGUGCCCCAGUAUGCGCGUCAGUAAAUACUACGGCGCGCCCGAGGAGCGGCGGCAGCUGCGCAUCCAGUACGCGCGCGAGGGGCUCGCCGGCACCGACGUCAUACUCACCACGUACACAAUGGUGAGCAGCUGCCCCGAGGAGCGCAAGAUGUUCCGCGUGACGCCGAUGCACUACGUGGUGUACGACGAGACGCACAUGCUCAAGAACAUGUCCACGCAGCGAUACGACAAUUUGUUGAAGAUCAAGUCGAAACACCGCCUCCUGCUGACCGGCACCCCUCUCCAGAACAACCUGCUCGAGCUGAUGUCGCUGCUGUGCUUCGUCAUGCCGCACAUGUUCUCCGGCAAGACGGACGACCUCAAGUUCCUGUUUCAGAAGAACUCGAAAUCAGUAAAAACCACCCAGAAAACCGACGGCAACAAAGAAGACGAAACCCCGGCCUUCGAACAGAGCCAGAUCACGCAGGCCAAGCGAAUCAUGAAGCCAUUCGUCCUGAGAAGACUGAAGAAAGACGUGCUACAAGACUUGCCGAAGAAAACUAACCACAUGGAGUUAUGUGCGAUGUCUGAGCGGCAGGAGAUAUUGUAUAAGAACCUCAUCGCUGGGUUCGCGGCUAAGGAUGGAACGAUCCACGCAACAACAGAACAAUCAGGCAUGUCGAUGAUGAUGGACAUGCGUAAACUGGCCAACCAUCCUCUCCUUCUCCGCUUCCACUACUCAGACGCGACUCUGCGCAAGAUGGCGGCGUUGUUAGCGGCUGACCCCGGGUAUCGGGAGAAAAACGCACAGUAUGCGUUUGAGGAUUUGUGCUGUUUGAGCGACUUCCAGCUGCAUACGUUGACGCAGAACCACCAUUGCAUAAAGAAGUUCGCGCUCCCCGACAACCUAAUCCUGGACUCCGGAAAAUUCGAGCACCUGGACGUGCUCUUACCUCGUCUUCAGGCCGGCGGCCACCGCGUGCUCAUCUUCAGCCAGUUCACCAUGAUGCUGGACGUGCUGGAGCCGUACCUCGCGCUGCGCCGCCACCGCUACCUGCGCCUGGACGGCAGCACCGCGGUCACUGACAGACAAGACCUAAUAGACCAGUACAACGCGGAAGAUAUCUUCGUGUUCCUACUGUCGACCAAGGCGGGCGGGCUCGGCAUCAACCUGACCGCGGCCGACACCGUCGUCAUACACGACAUCGACUUCAACCCCUACAACGACAAGCAGGCCGAGGAUAGAUGCCACCGCAUGGGUCAGACCCGCCCGGUCACCAUCUACCGGCUGCUGAGCAAGGGCACCAUCGAGGAGGGCAUCUACCAGGUCGCGCAGGAGAAGCUCAACCUGGAGAAACACGUCACUGGGGAGGACGAAAACGAGGCUCAAGAGCAGAAGAACGUAGUGCGUCUACUGUCAGCGGCUCUGGGACUGACGUCGCCCAACAAAUGAUUGUUGGCCUCCGACGACGGCGUCAUAGAGAUCGACUAGUGGCAGACUCAGACCGGACAGUGACCGGUCAGUAGCCGGAUAGUGACGGGACAGUGGAGUGUACAGUGAACAGCUAUUGUGAAUCGACACUGCGUUUGGUGAAAUGUGGUAAUGUGCUCUUGUUUUAUUAAUUAUUUUAUUUUGAAUUGAUGUAUUUAUUACGUGUAUGUAUUGUUUAUGAGAUUGUUUCCCGAAGUAGCACGCAAUGGAUACUUAAAUUCAAAAUUCAUUUAAAACAGCUUCAGACUAUAAAAUUGCAGGUAUUUUAUGACCAAUUUAAAUUAAAGGGCAUUUAAGAGCUACACAGUUUCCUAAACCUCAGUUAAGGUAUUAAUAGUUGUAUUUGAAUAGGUAGUUAGGCAACUCGUAUUUAAAUUAUUGAGAAUAUAUCCAUGCAAUAAAGUAUGCGGUUAAUUUAGUAGG